GACUUAGAAAACAGAGAAAGAGCAGACAAUAAUUCGAGGUAGCACAGGCUCCGUGUAGCUUCAUUUGUAUUUUGAACCUGUGUUAUUGUGUGAAUUUGUCUCACUGUAGUGCAUGUUUACUAAACCUACUACAACAACUCAACCGCUUUAAGAGUUUAUACUCGCUGGGUGGGAUUUGUCUCCCAUUCCCCAGCUAGUUAAGUUAGCUGGCGAAAGGUGCUAAUAGGCUAGCUGGCUAACUAACGUGAACUCUGCUACUCAAACGUUAGCAGAGAACAUUUUAUCCAUCAUUUAGACACAGAAUAGUUUAGUGAGCAAGAAGAUUUCAUUCGUUCUGUGCUCAGUCAUGGAAAAAGAUGUUGGUGAACAGGAGAAGCACGGUGAUGCUGCUGUGAACCAACCCAAGAAACAGCCAUAUAGAUACACAAAGGAAGAGCUUCUGGAGAUAAAAGAACUGCCAAUUUCCAAUGAAAGGCCUGAUUGUCUCUCAGAGAAAUAUGACAGUGAUGGUGUGUGGGAYCCAGAGAAAUGGCAUGCUUCCCUGUACCCUACAUCAGAACGAAGCUCUCCUGUAGAAGGUUUUAAGAAGGACCAUGGGGAUGACAAGGUUCCUUUAAAACGAAGAAUCCCUGAUCCUCGUGAGCGAUUAAAGGAAGAUGACAUAGAUGUUGUACUGAGCCCACAGCGACGCAGCUUUGGAGGYGGCUGUCAGGGCAAUGCAGCACCUGUGGCCCACUCCCGUCGACCAGUCAGUCCUCUGGAAAAUAAGGAAAAUGAGUCACUCCGUCUUGGAGGAGCUCGCAGAAUUGGCAGUGGACGAAUCRUAGCUUCUCGUGCCUUUGAGAGAGAAGCCCGUGUAGAGAAGGAAAGAGAACGGGAGAGAGACUUYAAAGAUAAAAGAUUCAGGAGAGAUUAUGGUGACAAACGUGUGUUCAGUGAGAGAAGAAGAAACGACUCCUAUGCAGAGGAGGAACCAGAGUGGUUCUCAGGGGGUCCCACCAGCCAGUCUGAGACAAUUGAGCUCAUUGGGUUUGACGACAAGAUCUUGGAGGAAGAUAAACGCAAAUCUAAGCGAUCAAGAAAGCGGACGGACUCCAUUAAAGAAGCAGUUGAAUGCAAUGGUGGACUAGUUGAGGAACAAGAUGUGGGCUUACAGUCCACGGCUGAUCAAGAGGUUCCCCAUCCCGAUGUGCUUCCAGACCAGUCAACUGGGGACUUUGACUUCAAUGAGUUCUUCAAUCUAGAGAAAACUAUGCCAGGACUGGCUUCUAUGAUAGAGGAUGUUUUGGGAGAGGGUCCGGUGUCAGCCAGCCGCUUCAGCCAGUUUUUUACCAGAAACAUGAGCCCGUCAGGCAGCCAGUCUAGCAGUUUGAGGUCCACUCCUUAUGAAGAGCUAGAAAAACUUGGAGAGUGCAAGGARAAAGUGGACAUCCUGGACCUGCUGCACAAGGCCAAAGUAGACCUGAAGCCCCUUYUGUCAACGCUUUCAGCCAACAAAGCCCGACUACAGGAAAGCACUAACUCGGGGGUGGUGCUCUCUCURGAGGAAGUAGAGGGAGAGAUGAAGGGAAUGAAGCUGGGCUUGGAGCCACGUGUGCAGAAGGUGUCCCCUCCACAGAGGGGAGACGGCACACCCUUUAUGGCUGAGCUUUUAGAGGAGGCUUUAACAGGCGGCUCCAGCAGCCGUCCACGCUCACGUGAUACAGACAUGUCAGCCUUUAAUAAACUGGUCAGCAGCAUGAAGGCAAGUGGAACUCUGCCAGCUCACCCCAAACUCAACACAAACAAUCAACCUUCAGAUCAAAGUGGUGUCACAYGGCCUGAUGCAGCUCCUCAGCAGCAGAAAAACAUAUUCCAGGAGCUAUUAAGAGGUGGUCGAGGCUCCCCAACACCUUUAGUGGGUUUGUUGGGCUGCUCUGAGCCUCCAGUGGCUGCUGCUCCUCUACAUGGUUUACUACACAAGGGCCCCUCACCCCCUCUCUUCCCGCCAAGGGCCCCAUCACCUGACUACUUUAAAAGCAGGUUGCCACCUUCUGCAGGAUUUACUGUUGGUCCUCAGCCCAUCCUGUCAGAACAGUUUGCAGAUGUACACAGAUCAAUAAGUCCUGCGCAACAACAGAUGAGGGUGCUCUCUAUACCUGUGAAUCAUUCUGAACUGGAAGCCCUAGCACUUCAGCAGGACCUUGCUCUACAUGCCCACCCCUCAUUUCAGUCAGGCUACAACAAACACCCACAGGACAGGUCUUUUCGAAACAGACCCCAGCGUGUUAAUCGGUCCCCUGGACCUCAGUCUGCUGGAAGAAACUCUCCAGGAAAUGCAGUCACCAGCAUGUUGUCCCCGUCAUUCACUCCUACAUCUGUGAUUCGCAAAAUGUACGCAACAAAAGAGAAAAACAAAGAUGAACCGUUAGGUCGUUCAGAGACCAAGGAGGAGGCGGCGGCAAACUCUCAAGAUGGCAGCAGCUCUCCAAAUCUGUUCAUGGAAUUAAUGGAUGGAAAUGUUGCACAGUCAGGAGUAAAGGCCAGCUCUCAAACCCUGCAAAGCAAAGACCAAGAGCGUCUGAGACCCAGCAAUACUGCAAACCAAAUGCCCAAUAUGGUACCUCCUGGACAGUCUUCAUCUUUCCCUCAUCCCAUCUAUCCAGUACCACUUCUGUCUCAUGUCCCAAUGGUGCGCCCACCCCCUCAGCUCCAUCCUAAUGUUGUUCAGCGAAUGCUGGCACAAGGGAUCCAGCCCCAGCAGCUUGGACCUGCUCUUAUGCAAGCAGGUGUUUUUCCACCACAUGUUGACCUUGCACAACUUCAAGGCUUGCCUCCUGCACUGCUAGGACAGCCUAUAUACCCGCUGAGUGCAACAGGGCAUCCACUUCUACCUCCCAGAGCCAAUACUCCGAUGCAGAUAGCAGUUAUGCAGCAGCAGCUUCAGCAGCAAAGACCAAUACAUCCCAGCACACCAGGCACUCGGUCACAGAUUCAAGGCCCCCAUCGGACAAAUGGCACCCAGCGUCAUGGAGGAAGCCCACCUCCAGGCCUCGCCAAGUGGUUUGGAUCGGAUGUGCUUGAACAGCCACUGCCCUCUAUGCCAGCCAAAGUCAUCAGUGUAGAUGAGUUGGAGUUUAGGCCAUAAGUAAAAUGCUUUGCUGGAAUUUUUCUUUUCCUCCUCCUCUGCACAUCUCCUCCUCCUGGUUACAGUAAAAUGUGAACUUUAAUUUGAAAGACAAGUGUGUCAUGGGACACUCUAACCAUGCCAUGCUUUGUUUUCAAGAAGCAAGUGAUGGAGAUUUAUUUUGCUAGCUGAGUGUUUUUGUUUUUGUAAUAGACAGUAAAUAAUGUAAAGGAUUAAUUGUACAGACCAUUGGGAAAGAAUCUUAUUCUCUGUAUAUAGCAAUGUUUUCUUUGUUUUUGUUUUGUUUUUUUCUUCCUCCCUUCACCUUCAUCUUAUUGUGGGAAGCUGAAGCAGGAGGAAAAGAGGUAAAAGUCACUAAGAGCUGAUAGCAUUCCUUAAUUGCCUCCCUGACGAGAAGAAUCAGAAGAAAGCCACUGUAAAUGGUAGGGUAGGUUGAGUUAGUUCAGUGUACACUCCACCUUUUUGGUUUGUGGCUUUUCUUCAAGGUUGAGAAGUCACAGGACACCACUGGAGGAUGCAGCAAGCUGGUUGUGCCUUUUUUGUUGUUCCUCAACUGUAUCCUCUCCAGUUCUGUAUCAUUAGAGGGAUUGCACUGUUCACUGUCAUUUGAGGGUGCUUGGGAUUCAUUUGAUGUGCUAUUAAGUUAUAAGAAGCACAAAUGGAAUUAAUAAAUAAAACAUUGAGAAUAACA